GUGUCAAUUCUAUUUCGUAUAAAAAUAUCGGUCAGUCUUAAAUGAGAUAUGCUUGCGCAUGCGUACUCAGUUAGCUUGUGACAUGCGGCUGGGUAGUCAGCCUGAAAAUAGAUGCGAUCUAUUUCUAUCAGAAUUAUAAUCUAAAACAAACGUAGUUUGUUUGCUUAAGUUGGAAACAUUUUUGCAACGGAGUUGCAAUCUUUUAUGCGGCAUUUAUAUUGAUCUGUAACGUAGUUACACAUUGUAGGCUACGAAUCAUUUGUGUGCCAAAUUUAAUUUCAAUAUGGCGGCCGAAAGCACGUGUAGUGCUGUUUUACCGGGCCUUUCAAAACCCGCAAUAGAUACAUGUAAGAAUAGCGAGGACGUUAAAGCAAAGAAAGUAAAAACUAGAACAGGAAAGGGGAAACUAGACGAAAAAGCAAAAUCUAGUCAUAACAGUGAUGAAUAUUUGACUAUAAUGAAAAAUAUACAAGAAACUGUGCAGAGACAGGAAACGAAAAUUAACAGCGUCGUGGGACGCAUAGAUACUUUAGAGAAACAGUACCUGUAUCACGAUGAAUAUUGUGAGGAGAAUUAUGAAUUUGAUGAACAGUAUGAUGAAAGGUUGGAGGAUGAAACAUGCCCGGAGGCAGGUACUAGUAGCACAAACAGAUUUGAUGAUAUGACGAAGAGAUAUAAAUUAAUAGAGUAUACAGAUGUGGAAGUUGACAGUGUGUUGGCGAGUAGUGUCAAUGAUUUGUUCACCAAUGGGAUAGUAGAUCAUUCAAAGUAUACAGAACUUACCAAAGAUGAAAAUAACUCACGGCCAAAAAACUGUGAAAGUUUGGUGAUAGUCAAAACCAAUAAAAUGGUAUGGAACAUUAUUCCUCAAUAUGCCAAAACAAAUGAUAAGAAGUUACAGGAUGUUCAAAUGUCAGUUGUAAAAGCAGCUACGUUGAUGACUAAAGGAAUAGACAAACUGGCUAAGUUAGAAACAGGAAANAGCAUAUAUGCAACACAGUAA